AUGGCGGAAGCAAAGGCCUGCACCGUGCGGACGCGCAAGUUUAUGACCAACCGUCUGCUGCAGCGGAAGCAGUUUAUCAUUGACGUGCUGCACCCCGGCAAGGCCAACGUUUCCAAGGCGGAGCUGAAGGAGAAGCUGGGCGCGAUCUACGAGAAGAGCGACCUGUCGUGCAUCUUCGUGUUCGGCUUCCGCACGCAGUUCGGUGGCGGCAAGUCCACGGGCUUCGGGCUCAUCUAUGACAACCUCGAGGCCGCCAAGAAGUUUGAGCCCAAAUACCGCCUCAUCAGGAAUGGCUUGGAGGAGAAGAAGAACAAGGAGAGCCGCAAGCUGAUGAAGGAGAGGAGGACAAGAGCCAAGAAGGUCCGCGGUGUCAAGAAGACCAAGGCUGCCGCUGCUGAGAAAAAGAACAUGUCUGCCGCUGUAUGCCUUCCACCGGCCACGGAAUCACAGCUGUAUCGUCGUCGCAAGCGCACACACAGCCUUUCCGUAGACCUCUCGCGAGUUCCAGGCAUCGACCACCGACCAUCACCCUCGUCGCACUUAUUGCUCGCAAGACCCGCAACCAUCCUUGAAGCUCCCGCGGCCUCGUCUCGCCACGAACAUGAGCAGCGCAACUCCCGCCGCAUCCCUCGUAGCGGUUCGGCCAUUUCCAAUCCGCGUGUUUCAAACGGCGCAUGCGGCUCGCCGUUGUCCACGUCACCGACAUCGUGGCGACCAAGAUCCCCCACCGUCGUCCGCAGCCCGCACGCGGAGAUCAUCCGCCAGCAGGCGGAAUCGGCGCAGGAGCGCGAGGCGGAGAUGGACCGCGCGUGGGAGAGCGCGGAGCGCGCAUCAGAGAGCGCCUCUGGCGCCGCAGAGCUCCCUGCAACCAGCCCUACAGAGAAGGAGCGCUACGGUGGUCAGCCUAACGUGAGCGUCUGCGACCGCGGCGAUAACUACGGCGAUGCGGGCGAUUCUCUGAGCACUUCGCCGCUAAGGCAGCUCGACGGCUCUAAGUUUGCCGCGUGGCGCUCUCUUCUCUCGCCUGCUACAUCCCGUCUCCUGACUCAGCCUUUAAAUCUGAGCCGUUCGAUUCAAAGACCUGGUAGUGCUCUUGAGCGACGCGCUCCCCAUUCCCUCUCCAACUCAUCUUCUCUCCAUCCGCUUUUCUCUCUCCGAUCCCCGUUCACCCUGAAUCGCACCCCGUGCAGCAUUGCGCGAGUUACAACAGCACCUGCUACAGCCGGCACGAGUACCGCCAUCCACGUCAGCACCCAAAGCAGCACCCAAGGCAGCACCCAAGGCAGCACCCAAGGCAGCACCCAAGGCAGCACCCAAGGCAGCACCAAAAGCAGCACCCAAGGCAGCACCCAAGGCAGCACCCAAGGCAGCACCCAAGGCAGCACCCAAGGCAGCACCCAAGGCAGCACCCAAGGCAGCACCCAAGGCAGCACCCAAGGCAGCAUGAGCAACACGUUGAAGAGCCAACCACCAAGACACGGCCCAGCUGCUGCUACAAGCGACACCGGCGCUGCCCUUCCCAGGCCAAGCACCCGGCCCUCCCUUCGCCCUCCUCUCUCCCCUCACUCUCCGCUCUCCCUUCGCCCUUCGCUCUCCCCUCAACCUUCACUCUCCCCUCACCCUCCGCCCUCCCCUCACCCUCCUCCCUCCCCUCACUCUCCGCUCUCCCCUCACUCCCCGCCCUCCCCUCACACACCGCUCUCCCCUCACCCUCCUCCGUCCGCUCGCCCUCCUGUCUCCCUUCGCCCGCCUCUCUCACGCGCUUCUGCAAUCGCCGCACCUGGAAACGACCAGCGCGCUGCUAGUAAGGCCCUUGCAGCAAGUGGCGACACGGCAGCGAUUCAUGAUGAGACGUCUCAAGCAUCGCUCUCACGGGGUUCCUCCAUCGUGCCUGGACUGGAACAGCGCACCGCUACUAACAAGACCCUUGCAGCAAGCGGCGAUGCUGCAGCACCCGUGCCUCGUCUGCGCCCAGCCUCCCCCACGCCUGUGUCCACAUUGCAGCCGCCAUCUCCCACGCCUGUGUCCACAUUGCAGCCGCCGUCCCCCACACCUGUCACAUCCACGUGGCAGACGCCGUCCCCCACGCCUACGUGGCAGCCGCCGUCCCCCACGCCUGUGCGCAGCAUGCACGGGGAGCACAUUCAGCGGCGCGCAGCGGAGGCCAAGGCGCGGCAAGCACAGAUGGAUGAGGCGUGGGAUGCGCUGAUGCUUCAAGAGGACGACCGCCAUCCUGCUGCUGCUACUGCUACUGCUGCUGCUGCUGCUGCUACUGCUACUGCUGCUGCUACUCCUGCUUCUGCUUCUGCUGCACCGCUUGUGACAGAAACAACGGUUGCCGUUGCCCCAGGAUGCAGCGACGGGUCAGGCGAGGAGGGUGCUGCUGCUGCCGUAGCCCUAGCCCAAGCCAGCCUUUCAACCAACGCGCCCUCUCCAGCCAACACUGCUCCAGCCAAGACUGCAGCAGCCAAGACUGUAGCAGGCGAAUCUGCUGCUGCUGCGGGGAGAUCUUUGCCAUCGAAGCAGCGAGUGAUGCGACCUCUGACUCCCGAUGGUGCUACUAGGCCGUCCUGGGGCGUUUCAUGGCGGCUUUUUAUGGCGUCACGGCGAGGCCUCAAGGGGUGGAACAGCGGCUUGAUGGCACUUAAGGAGGGUGACAGUAACGAGUAUGCUGCUGGAGGGGAUGAGUCGGGGAACCAGAGUGACGCUGGAGGUGCCAGGUCAUCAGGGGGCCUGACUCGUGCUGUGGUGGCGCCUAAGGGAGUGAGCAGGAGGCGGUUGUGUCGGUCCAUGUCUCUCAGCGAUGGCUUGCUGGCUGCUGCUGCUGCUUCUGCUGCUGCUGCUUCUGCUGCUGAUGGUGCUGGCACUGGGGGUGCUGCUGCUGCUGGUGGCGGCAGCUCUGUGAGAACCGAGACACUCGGAGCAAAGGCAGCACAGGAAUCGGCCCAGCCUUUGUCGAGCCGUUCACCUCCCAAGCCUCGCGAUGACUCUUUGGAGCGGCUGGAUUCUCCACUGCUGGGCAGCAGCGAGUCUUCUCAUCUCUCCACAUGCACAACACGCGCCUCUGUCCACCCCGCCAUUCAGCUGCCUUUUCCGCGGGGAGAAGAAGCAGCAGUAAUCGGAGCAACGAGCACGAGGGUUGUAGCAGAAGGAGGGCUCUCCGGAGCAAGCGCAGGGACAGGGGCACUUGGGCCGUUUGUCGGGACAAGGACGCUAAGCGACAGCAACAUCAACCUUCUAGCUAAUGGUGGCCUGACAACACUGCAUGGCAGCAGCAGCAGCAGCAGCAGCAGCAGCAGCAGCAGCAGCAGCAGCAGCAGCAGCAGCAGCAGCAGCAGCAGCAGCAGCAGCAACAUCAACCUUCUGAGCGACGACCAAUGCCCUUUUCCUGCUGCAAGCAUGCUUUCCCACUUAGGGAACAGCACCCUUCAGGGCAGGUCGCCAGAAUGUUCCUUAAUCUACUCCUGUGCCAUUCCCAGUCUUCCCAGUCCCAGUCCCGAGGCGGAAACCUCAGGCAGCCAAUCAGCUCCCAUGGGAAGGUAUCAUGCUAGGGCCACCGCCGCUACCCGGGGUUUGUACAGGAGAGGCACACCGCGACAAAUCUCCUCCUGUUCAGACCUGCAGCAGCUGCAAGAAACGGCGACUCUCCACUCACCAGCUCUUUAUGAGUCGACUCAAAAGUCAGCUUUCCACUCACCAGCUCUCCACACAGCGGCAAGGCCUCCCUACACACCUGAUUCAUCGGCCUUUAAGAACGCCACUAGCAGUAGCAGAGCCAUGAAUAGGGGUAGCGCGCAGAGGGUGAGCUCAUCCUGCUGCUCAAACCUGCAGAAUCUGCAGGUUCUCCCCCCAGCAGCCACUCCCGUCCCAGCCGCUCCCCCACCAGCCGCUCCCCCUUCAGCCUCUUCCCCCACAGCCGCCAUCAUCCCUUCCCGUGCUGGUUCGUCAUCGGCGCACGGAUUAUCCAACAAAGCCACGGCUGCUGCUAGUAGUGGUGCCGUGGCCGGUCAGCAACGGAGUAGCGGCGGCACAGCGAGGCGGGUGGUGCCGGCAAACGGAUUCUUCAAAAGCGCGGCUUAUACCAGGUCGUCAUGCUCCGAUCUGGAGCAGCUGCAAGCUGCUGCUGCUGCUGCUGGCGCUGCUGCUGCUGGCGCUGCUGCUGCUGGCGCUGCUGCUGCUGGCGCUGCUGCUGCUGGCGCUGCUGCUGGUGGCGUUGCUGCUGCUGCUGGUGCUGCUGCUGCUGCUGGUGGUGGUGGCGCUGCUGCAAACAUCCCCUUGGGGGGGGAUCCAACGAUGCAAGUCGUUCUCUCCUCCGCUGAUGAUUCCUCGUCUGCAGGUGAACUUCCCUGUGCAUCGCUUCCGCGUCGCAGCUUAUCGUCGUCCUCAGCGCUCUCCGCCUCGGCUCCCUUGCUGCCUGUCUCGCCGCUUGCUCAGAUGGGGGAGGAUGGAGUAAGGCAGCAGCAGCAGCUCCGAAAGAAGGUGUCGUUCAACUCCAUUGUUAGGGUUAGGACCUUCAUUUCCACGCAUGACAUUGAGCCUGCUGCUUAUGAGGCACCACCUGUACCAUGCUAA